UUGUCAGUAUUUGGGGCGCAGAACCAAAUCAGUUAAUUGACUGCACGGAAAUGACUUCUGACCUCCGACCUGAGGUCGCAUUCGGUUUCCGUUCUAAUAGCGUGCUUAGUGCAGUCACUCUAGCAAAUCCUCAAAAAAAUCCUUCAAAAAUUCUCGUUAAAAUCCGACAAUUUUUCGGAAGAUAUGGCUCCCAAACGUUCGAAGAAGUGUCCAGGAUGCCACUUGGACGUCGCCCUGCACAAAUCGGGCGUUGCUGGCAAGGAUUGCACGGGGAUUCUGGAAGACAACGGCGCUGUGGGUCAAGGCAUGCAAGGCGCCAUGGCCGAGCUACAACAGCGCAAGGCAGAGCUUACCCAGCGCCUAGAGUUGAAGAAGCUUCAGCGGGAAGUGGAUGCGCUAGAGAAGGAAUUGGCCACAGACACCACUACAACCUCGCCGCUUCCUCCGGCCAAGGACGGGAGCAAGACGGACGAAACUCAAGACGGGGAACGCAAGCAUGUCGAUUUCGGACUCGCAGACAUUACGUUAGCCCAGCUCCGCGAAGAUGCCGCGCUUCAGAGCCUCGUAUCCACAAAGUAUGGGGAUCUUGUCGGCGCGGGCAAGAAGCCAGAGAAAGGUCAUCACACGCAGCUGCAGCGCUUGGACCAUGAAGUCGAGGCGGCCAAGAGGUCUGCAUUUGCCGCGGGUACCUACGCUAACUUACGGACUCAGUGGAAAGCGUUCCUGUUGUUCUGUGAGUAUUUCCGGCUUACAGCCAUUCCCACCGACGCGAGGACUCUGACCAGAUACGCUCAGUUCCUCUCACGCUCCUUGAAGAGCCCCAGCACGGUCCAGAUCUACAUCCACGGUGCCAGACUGCUCCAACGAUUCCACGGGUGCGAGCCUCCGCCAUCUGACGCGUUCGAGCUACGUCUUGUCCUUUCCUCGUUCCGCCGACAAUCCCAGCACGUUCCGCAGCGUAAACUUCCCAUUACUCCGGCUAUCCUACUACGGCUGCGGGAUCACCUGGAUCUAAAUAGACCGCUUCAUGCCACCUUGUGGGCGGCAUACACCGUUGCCUUCUUCACACUACUUCGGAAGUCGAAUCUCGUGCCUAAGACAACGUCUGCGUUUGACCCAGGCAAGCACCUGACUCGGGGUGCUAUCCGUGUCACUUCGGACGGACUUGUGGUGCGUAUAACAUGGUCCAAGACUCUACAGUUCAAGCAGAGGGUCCUGCUGCUUCCUGUGCCGGCCAUUCCCGGCCAUCCCCUGUGCCCACGACAUGCGUACGUCAACAUGUGCAGCCUUCUCCCGGUUGGAUCGGACUCUCCAGCCUUCCUCGUGCCGGGCUCGGCGGGCAGGUUGGUAUCAUUGACACACGACUCUCUGGUGGCACAUCUCAAAACUCUGCUCGCGGCCGCUGGACUGCCGUCCGGUGACUACUCCGGCCAUAGUUUCCGCCGCGGCGGAGCGACAUUCGCUUGGCAUUGCGGAGCAGAUCCUCAGCUCAUCAAACUGCUCGGUGACUGGAGCUCGGACGCUUUCCAGUCGUACCUUGACAGCUCCUUCGAGCAGCGACGUUCGUUCGCUACUCUACUUGCGACCAGAAUCAACCAAGGUUUCCUGGAACCGGACCGGGCCGCAGUAUAGACUCAUACGAACUCUACACGAACUCACGUUUAUUGUUCUACUGUUGAUUUAUCCGAU